CGGAAGCCGGAAGCGCAGUCCACGGAGCGAUGGCAGCCGGUGGCGGUCUGAGCCGCUCGGAGCGCAAGGCAGCUGAGCGUGUCCGGAGGCUGCGGGAGGAGCAGCAGCGGGAGCGCCUCCGCCAGGUGUCACGCAUCCUGAGGAAGGCGGCUGCAGAGCGCAGCGCGGAGGAGGGCCGGCUGCUGGCCGAGAGCGAGGAUCUGGUGACCGAGCUGCAGGGUCGGAGCCGGCGGCGUGAGGGCCUCAAGCGGCGUCAGGAGGAGGUUUGUGAUGACCCAGAGGAGCUGCGGAGGAAGGUCCGGGAACUGGCCGGAGCUGUCCGGAAUGCCAAACACUUGGUGGUCUACACAGGCGCCGGGAUCAGCACGGCAGCUUCUAUCCCAGACUAUCGGGGCCCUAAUGGAGUGUGGACACUGAUUCAGAAAGGAAGGCGUGUAAGUGCCACCGACCUGAGUGACGCGGAGCCCACUCUCACACACAUGUGUAUCACCCGUUUGCACGAGCAGAAGCUGGUGCAGCACGUGGUGUCUCAGAACUGUGAUGGACUCCACCUGCGCAGCGGGCUGCCACGCACUGCCAUCUCCGAGCUCCACGGGAAUAUGUAUAUUGAAGUCUGCACCUCCUGCAUCCCUAACAGGGAGUAUGUACGAGUGUUCGAUGUGACAGAGAGAACCGCCCUUCACCGACACCAGACUGGCCGGUCCUGCCAUAAGUGUGGGACUCAGCUCCGGGACACCAUUGUGCACUUUGGGGAGAGGGGGACAUUGGGGCAGCCUCUGAACUGGGAGGCAGCGACCGAGGCUGCCAGCAAAGCAGACACGAUCCUGUGUUUAGGGUCCAGCUUGAAGGUACUCAAGAAGUAUCCCCGCCUCUGGUGCAUGACAAAGCCUCCUAGCCGGCGGCCCAAACUCUACAUUGUGAACUUGCAGUGGACCCCGAAGGACGACUGGGCUGCUUUGAAGCUUCAUGGGAAAUGCGAUGAGGUCAUGCAGCUCCUCAUGGAUGAACUGGGCCUGGAGAUCCCUGUCUACGACCGGGUCUUAGAGGGGAAAUCAGUAACUUCUUUUAAUCAAAGGGUUCAAGAAAUUAAGGAUCCCUUCACCUCUGGGCCUGGCAAUUCUUGUGGCAAGACCCCAUUUUCUCCUUGGCCACUCCCCUCCGUGCUGGCGAAGAAGGCAGCCACAGCCGGAAGUCGCUGAGCAGGAGCCGAGAAGACGCCCCACCUGGGGACCAGAGUGCCCCGCUUAGCUCAGCUCCCCCCAUUCUAGGAGGCUGGUUUGGCAGGGGCUGUGCCAAGCGUGCGAAGAGGAAGAAAGCUGCAUAGCCAGGUGUCGACAGAGAACCAUGGGCACUUUGUAGACUGCGCGGACGCUUGUUCAGGGGCCUCUGUCACCGUGAAGGCUGCAGCGCCCCCACAGGAUCCAGUGGGAAGAACUCUUGGGGGUGACAGUUCACGGUGAUGUUUCUUUAGCCAUUUGUCCUUGUGAUUGCACCCACGGGGGCUUGACUUUCAAGGACACCUUCCUCCCUUCACCCGCUUCAAAGGUGGCAGCAAGGCCUUUCUUCGUUUUUCCGGCCUGGCCAGCAGAGGAGCCCCCCACUGCCUUACCUCACUCCAGGCUAGUCUCAGGGCCUCACUAUUUCUACUACUUACGACUAAAGUGUGUUCACUUUAUAGAAACCUUUUUCUGUGUUGGGUAUGCGGCACAGGGGCGGGUCCAAGCCCCCAGUCUAAGCAAGUCUUAAUAAACAUCUCUCUACUG